AUGGAUCCCAUAACCGCCCUCCAGACGGCAUCCGCCAUCAUCGGCAUCGUCGACUUUGGUAGUCGGCUCCUCUCCAGCACCUACGAAAUCUACCAGUCAGCAUCUGGCUACACUGCACGCGACGUGGGGCUGUCAACCUUGUCAGAAGAGCUGAACGGCCUCGGGGAGCAACUUCAAGAUCGCCUUCAAGAGGCGCCCAGUUCAGCUGCCACCUCGGACAAGACUUUGCAGAGCCUCUCGGUGCGAUGUAUCGAAGCUAGCCACAAGCUGCAUUCGGCCAUUCGCGAUUUGCAGGCGAAUAGGUCUGAAAAUAGCAGAAUCAGUACAGCUGCCAAUAGCUUCGCAUCGGCCCUCAAGGCAGUGUGGAAGAAGGGCGAGAUUGAGUCUCUGAAGGAGGAAUUGACAGAGAUCCGUUCCCAAAUUACCGUCGCAGGAAUCAUUUCCGUAUUGUCAGAGUCCGAACAAGAUGACAAGAAACACAAGGAGUUGAAGGAUCGACUAGAUCAGAUCGCUAGCGAGCUCUCACAAAUGACAACACCGAAAAAGGCAGACCACCUCAGCCGUAGGAACCAGGAUCUCGUUCAUAUCCUAUGGGAGAUGGACUGGAAAUCAUGGGCAGCCAUCUAUGGGGGAGGCCUCUUUGUCGACUCCCAACCAGCCCGUCAUACCCACGUCGAUGGCAUCAUACCGAUGAUGAUUUUGACAAGUCUCUCGUUUCGACAGAUAAACUCCCGAAAGGAAGCCAUCCCCGAAGCUCACACCAGCACAUGCAGUUGGAUCUUUCGAGAUUCUGAGACGGAUGAGAACGGGGAGCAACUCGAGUGGCCAAGCUUUCCAACGUGGCUGAAGCAAAGAGAUGACAAGAUCUACUGGAUCACUGGGAAGCCAGGGUCUGGCAAGUCCACCUUGAUGAAAUACAUCAUCAACAAUCCAGAGCUGCAAACUCAUCUCCAGGAAUACGCGGGAGACCUCCCCUGCUUGCAAGCCGGCUUCUUCUUCUGGAAUCCAGGCGCAGAGAUGGAGACGUCAAGAGAAGGCCUCCUUCGGACACUUCUUCACCAGUGCUUGAAAGAGAGACCAGCCCUUAUCCCUGUUGUGGCACCCCGGCGAUGGGCACUGUACAGCGUGCUGGGAGACGAAGCCGUUGCGCCAGAGUGGACCUGGAAGGAGUUGAGUGAGUCCUUUGACAUUCUCUGCUCAUUCCACGGACAAGAAUUCCGAUUAGCCCUCUUCAUCGACGGCCUCGAUGAGUUCAAAGAAUCUGAAAAAUCUCCCGAUGUCCUAAUCAGCUGGAUACGCCAUGCAGCAACGCAAUAUGGCAUCAAGAUAUGCGUUUCAAGUCGCCCCUGGAACAUAUUUGCGGAUGCGUUCGGGAGAGAACCCUCUCUAACAAUGCAGAAUCUCUCGAGGAGGGACAUUGCUCACUUUGUCCGCACAGAGUUCGACAAAAGCAUUGCGUUUCAAGAGAUGAAGGAAGCCUUUCAGGAUGACGCAACGUCGAUAAUCGAGGAGAUCAUCGAAAAGGCCCAGGGCGUGUUCCUCUGGGUUAGCCUCGUAGUUCGUAAUCUCCUCUUAACCCUGGUUGACAAUCCAUCCUUAGGCGACCUCAAUCGAAUGCUCGCUGAGAUCCCCAGUGACAUCGUCGGCCUAUACAAUGCGAUAUGGAGAUCUAUCCCAGCCGAAAGACAGUGUCGGUCCUCCCAGAUCUUGCAGGUCUUGCAGGUCUGCGGCGAUUCAUUGCGAUCCUGCACGGCGGAGAUCAUGUGGCUUGCCACAGUUCACAAUCUCAACCCGCAACCCGCCGCCAGUUCUGGAAUCAAUAGUGUGUUGAAGCGAGUUCUCGACGGCCACACCAGAGGAAUAUGCGAGCUGGUGGAGGGCGAAGUGCGGUUCUUACACCGGUCAGCGGCAGAUUGGAUUCAAGACGAUUCGACGAGAGCCAAAAUCUGCUCCAAGGCACCACCAGACUUUGAGCCACAUCUCAACUUCCUAGAAGCCCACAUUCAACUCCAGGUAGUGGUGAGGGCAGGCGAUGAUGGCAUAGCUUUCGAACCUCUCAGUGCCCGGCUCACCCAAGCCAUGGACUACGUUCACAAGCAGGGAUACGAAAUCUUUUUCCAGGGCCGGAGCUUGCCUGAACGGGAAAAAAACUCGACACCAGAAGGAUGGUCAACCAGGCAUUGGCUCUUGCGGGAAAGCAGCAAUGGUUCCGAGGUCGAAAACUGCUUCGUCGGAAUCGUAGCCAGCGCCGGCUUUGUCGACUAUGUCAAAAAGAAGUUGAACGACGACCCCUCCCUUCUCACCCCAAAAGAAGGCAGAAUUUCCAUCCUCGAGAACGCCAUUUUUGGGUCCGACCUUGAUCCAGCCCCCCUUUUCAGGCAUGGGUUCUCUCCAUCCAAGUACUCCUACCAGACGGGUAGACUCGAGAUCAUCCGGUUCAUCCUGGAGACGAGUCCGCACUGGUACAAGACGGCCAGAGACCGGCCAAUAUUCGAGGCCGUAGCCGAUUCGGAGUCGAUGGACCAUGGCCCGGAGGGAGCAAAGUGGCGCCAGGAGGUGCUUGAACUGCUGGAAGAAUUCGGCUACAAGUCCUUCAAAUUUUGGAGGGGCAAACGGUAUCAAGGAAUGUUAGCUGGCUCAAUCAACAAACCCACUCACAAAACGGGUAGGCUCCUCAGGGAGUUUAAGAAUGAAAUGGGACAGUAUUUUGGCAAAGUCAGAAGAGAGGCGGGAGGAUGA